GGCGCUCACGCAACUCGGAGGAGUCGCGACGGGGGUCGAGCCCGCGGGCCGGGGCGCGCUAACCGGGUAGAGAUGUCUGUCCAGAGGUUAAUUUCUAAUAGAACCUCCCAACAGUCUGCAUCUAAUUCUGAUUACACCUGGGAAUAUGAGUAUUAUGAGAUUGGACCAGUUUCCUUUGAAGGACUGAAGGCCCAUAAAUAUUCCAUUGUGAUUGGAUUUUGGGUUGGUCUUGCAGUCUUCGUGAUAUUCAUGUUUUUUGUGCUGACCUUGCUGACCAAGACGGGAGCCCCACACCAAGACAAUGCAGAAUCUUCUGAAAAGAGAUUCAGAAUGAACAGCUUUGUGUCAGACUUUGGAAGACCACUGGAGCCGGAUAAGGUGUUUUGUCGCCAGGGCAAUGAGGAAUCCAGGUCCCUCUUUCAUUGUUACAUCAAUGAAGUGGACCACUUGGACAGGCCCAAGGCUUGUCACCAGACCACAGCCCUUGACAGUGAUGUUCAGUUCCAGGAAGCCCUCCGAGGCAGUGGGAGGCCUGAGGAGGAGCUGAACAGGCUCAUGAAGUUCGACAUCCCCAACUUUGUGAACUCAGACCAGAACUCCUCCUUUGGGGAGGAUGAUCUUCUGAUUUCUGACCCACGCAUUGUUUUAGAAAAUAAGCCAGUUUGCCAGACCUCACACAAAGACAUGGAUUGAGAAACAUGCUUUAUAAAGGCCUUCCUGAAGACGUGGAUUCUGUCUUUGUAUAGCAAGAAAUCUUCAUUCACCACAAUUGUG